UGGGGCAGUGUUUUGUUUUUUAGAAACCGAAAGUGGGGCACUUAAUUGGCUACUAUAAUUAUUAGAUUUAUCCAACAUUAGAUCCUUUUAUUAUGUGUUGUGUGGCAGUCCUGUUUUCACUGUCCUACGGUUAAAACUUAACUUGGAUGCCCUUGGUUUUUUUGAGCUCAUGCAAAAAGUUUAACAGUUUUUUUUUUUUUUUUUCCAAUUUCCUUUCUCCUAUCAUUUCUGUAGCAGCUAUUGCACGAUUGUCUGAAGUUGAGUAAUUUCAAAAAGAAGAGAAAUCAUAAAAAUGUCCAAGUCAUCAGCGAAGCCCCCGACAUUCGUGACCGCCGCCGUGGUGGCAGAAGACUACGCCGACAGCCCCGUCCACUACGCGGUGGCCACAGGCGAUCACGCCACCCUAACGAAGAUCGUGGCCUCCCUGCCCAAACUCCACGCGGCCAACACCAUCCACACCGAACCCGAAUCCAUCGCGGAGGAGCGCCUCGCCGAUCAAAUCUCCGCCGUCCUCGACCGCCGCGACAACCCCCUCAAGGAGACCCCGCUCCACGUCGCCGUCCGCCUGAACGACGUGAAAGCCGCUCGCAUCCUGGCCGCCGCGGGGGCCAAAAUCUCCCUCCAUAACUCCUCCGGGUGGGACGCCCUCCAGGAGGCCCUCCUCCGGCGCUGCCGCGAGAUCGCCCCGAUCCUCGUCCACCACGGCCACCUCUACACCCAAUACACGUGGCGGCGGCGGCUCCCGCGCAUCGUGGGCGGGCUCCGCCGCAUGCGCGACUUCUACAUGGAGAUCUCGUUCCACUUCGAGAGCUCCAUCAUCCCCUUCAUCGACCGCGUGGCCCCCUCCGACACCUACCGCAUCUGGAAGCGCGCCGGGAACCUCCGCACCGACGCCACCCUCGCCGGCUUCGACGGGCUCAACUUCAAGCGCCGCAACAACAGCUACCUCUUCCUGAACGACGUGGACCGCCCCGACGUGCCGCGGGGAUGCCUCCUGGUGGUGAAGCACGACAAGAAGCAGGUCCUCGUGGCCGAGUACGACAAGAAGAUCGGAACGCCGCUCAGCAAGGAGCAGAUCGCAAAGGAUUGCAACGCCACCAGCGUCUCCCGCCCCAGCGUCGACGUCUCCAAGGCGCAGCUCGUCGCCUGCAAGAACUGGCGACGCCAGGAUAGGGCCGAGAACGUCGGGAAGUGGAAGUCUAGGGUUUACGAGAUGCACAACGUGGUGCUCACGCUGCGCGAGUGCAAGCUGCCGGCGGCCGGGGAGCCGCCAGGUGAGGAAUCGCAGAAGGCGCAGGAGCCUGCGUUCAAGAAGAAUCUGCGGCCGAUGCUGUGGCUCACGGAGCAAUUCCCGUUGGAGACGGAGGAGCUGCACCGCUUGUUGGAUAUUCUGUCCAAGAAGCUUACCGCCGUUAAACGGAUGAGGGAGGUGCUGCUCACCACCUUCCCGCCUAGGACUUUUCCGGUCAAGAUAUCGAUACCUGUGGUUCCGACAGUGAGAGUGGUGAUAACAUUCACGAAAUUCAUAGAGCUACAAGCGGCUGAGGAAGAUUUCCACACUCCGCCGUCAAGUCCAGGGCAUGACGACGACGAUGAUUACAGCAGUGACGUGGUGUUCUCAUCACCGUCGUCCAAGAAAGAGAGCAGUAGUAGUAGUGGCGGCGCUGACCAAAUGGAUCCCUUUGAGAUUCCAAGUGGGUAUACUUGGAUGAAAGCUUAUUGAGAGACAAACUGUACUUGUUAUUGAGAGACAAACAAUUAUUUUUAUGAUUUUAUCAUUACUAAUAUAAUAAUUUACUAUCAGUUUUCAGUAAAA